GGAGGGGGCCGUGCCCGUGCUUUUAAGUGCCGAGUGCCGGGCACUUCGCUACUAUUUGCGAGCCCCGCUGAGCCACGUGCAGCCAAACCGAUCCAAGUCCCGUUGAACUGAGCCCAGACGGAAACGAGCCCAGCCAGGUCCAAGAGAAUCGCAGCGCAUCCCAUCCCGCCGAGCCUAGCCUAGACGAGCUGAGCCGAGCCAUGCAGCUGGGCUCGCUGUUCCGACGGUCGCUGUCGGUGGCGCAGUCGGUGCUGUCGGCGCUGAGGGGGUGGCUGGCCGCCCUGUGCUGGGGUCUCGUACCCCUCGCCCUGCUCCGGCCCCUGUCCGUCUGGCGGCGGGUCUCGGGUCCCGGCUCCGCCGCUCUGUCGGUCUCCCGGAGGGAGCGGGAGCGGGAGGAAGCGCCUCCGACUCCCACCAGCGUCAAUUACCACUUCACCCGACAGUGCAACUACAAGUGCGGCUUCUGCUUCCAUACGGCCAAGACCUCCUUCGUGCUGCCCCUGGAGGAGGCCAAGAGGGGUCUAACCAUGCUGAAGGAGGCGGGAAUGGAGAAAAUAAACUUUUCAGGAGGAGAACCGUUUAUUCAGGACAGAGGCGAAUUUGUGGGCAAACUGGUAAAGUUUUGCAAGCAGGAGUUGAAGUUACCAAGUGUCAGCAUUGUUAGCAACGGGAGCCUGAUUAGCGAGCGGUGGUUCCAGAAGUAUGGUGAAUAUUUAGACAUCCUGGCAAUUUCAUGUGAUAGUUUUGAUGAGGAUGUCAAUGCUUUAAUUGGCCGUGGUCAAGGAAAGAAGAGCCAUGUGGAAAAACUGCAUAAACUAAGACAGUGGUGCCAAGACUAUGCUGUUGCUUUCAAAAUAAAUUCAGUGAUCAACAGAUUUAAUAUUGAGGAAGAUAUGAAUGAUCAGAUCAAGGCACUCAACCCUGUGCGCUGGAAGGUGUUCCAGUGCCUCCUCAUCAAAGGGGAGAACACUGGUGAGAAGGCCCUGAGACAAGCAGAGAAAUUUGUUAUCAGUGAUGAAGACUUUGAACGAUUCCUGGAUCGCCACAAAGAUGUCUCCUGUUUGGUUCCAGAAUCUAAUCAGAAGAUGCGGGAUUCAUACCUCAUUCUGGAUGAAUAUAUGCGUUUUCUAAACUGCACAAAUGGAUGGAAAGAGCCUUCCAAGUCUAUCCUAGAUGUUGGAGUGGUAGAAGCUAUAAAAUUCAGUGGAUUUGAUGAGAAGAUGUUCCUCAAGAGAGGAGGAAAGUAUGUGUGGAGUAAAGCAGACAUGAAACUGGACUGGUAACUUAAGGUAUUGUUAGGGCGUGUGUAUUAUGUAAAUAAAAUGGGUGUGUA